AUGAAGCUAGGCGGAGUGAGACGCUUCCAUGGUUGGAAGGAAACUAGAUACUAUCUCAAGGAAGAGGACAGAAAGAAGAGAGGCGGCAUGAGGAUCGCAUUAGUGCCAUGGAGCAUGAUCGUGCUUGCAGAUUAUACGUGCACGGAGUCUCAGCUCGGCGCUGCAAGACAUACUGGACGGUCCAACAAGCUCCAGGGAAACAUUCGAAUGACUCCACAGAGAAUCGGUUCUGCACCAUCAGUCCUUCGUCAAACGAAAGAGUUCGCAAAGUUCGACCAUAAUGUUCAAAUCCUAGACUUGAGGAUAGAAAACUCCAACUCAACUAACAUGUGGGUGAAAGCACCACAGGAAGUUCUUAGCGCUGAUAGGAUUGUAGGCACCAUGACCGUCAUCCGAGCUUUCUCAUUCGGAACAGCAGCCAUGACAGACUAUGUUGAAAGUCGCUUCCAUGGGCACAAAUGGAUUCCACGACUUAGGGCGGCACAAAACUCAGCAAGGGAUGUAACGGAGAUGCUGAAAGAUCGUCCGAGCACCAGGGAGGCCAGGAACAUUGAGUCUGCAAACAGGAUCCGAGAUUCAAACGAAUCUCUUGGCAACGCAAUCACACGGAUCAUGGACGCUCCUAACCAAUGCUCACAAAACAAACACAAACAAGAAACUAUGCCGAUAUCUGGAACGGGCAGUCCCAAAGCAGUGCGCGUUGGGCCUGCUUUGAUCAAGGCUGCCUCACAUUCAACACAGAAUAGAGAUUCAAGCUUGUUUGUACUGGGAUACGCCUCGUUCUCAAAAACAUAA